AUGUGGGCGGCCCUCUGGGCCAGGCGUCCUGCCCGGCCCCUGCCCGCGUGCUUGCCCCGCGCACGCGGCCCGCGGUCCGGGCAGGCCAGGCAGCCGUGUCCUAGGUGUGUGCCCCAGUCGCCAAGGCCCAGUGGACCUCUCUGGGCACCAAAGGCUCCUUUGGGACGACGCUUCCUUUGCAGAUAUCUAGCGCUUUUGCGGGCGAAUUGUCAAGGUGGGCCCAGAGGGUCCCAAGGCCGUGCUUGUGCCCCCUUCCUGCAUGGCCUGAUCUCCCAGCGUCAGAUUCACUGCUCUAGUGAAUGUUUCUUUAACUGGCGAGGCAGCCCUGAGAGUGGGAAGAACCUGACACCAGCAGAGCCAGAUCAUGGAGCAAAUCAAAGGUCUCCAGUCCCUGCACCGAGGGGCAAGAAAGCACCGAGGAACAUAACGCGGUGGAGAUCGUUUUAUUUUCCAGGACUCCAGGGAGGUAAAGUAACACAGGCACAUACUUCGGUGAACCAGCUGAAACGGGUGGAGGUGGUGAGACCUCCCCAACUCCCUUGCCUGAUCACAACAGAUAUGAAUGAGGCAUUAUAUGGCCUCAGCUUCUGCCAGAAGCUCUUUUGUGUCCAUGAAUAAAAUCUGACCUGCAGAAAUGCAACACAUGCACUAAAUCAGAACUAGAUCACAGAGAAACCAAACCAGACCCCUGAUCAAAC